CGCCGUAAUGACCUGGCGCCAUUAAAAAGUAUAAGUACAGCCACGGGUCGAUGUAGCAGUUUGCAUCGAUGAUUAUCUUUCUACUUUGCAAAGAGAUCUCAUCCAGUCCGUUUGGGGGCGGUAAUGCGCCGUUAAGGUUAGAGCCCAGCAGCUGAAAAAGCCAGACGAAGAAGCGACAGACGGCGUUUGGGAGGAAAACCGUCCACUUUGACUUUUCAUUUGGAUAAUUGACAACACCUGGAAGAGCUGGCGACACCAUGGCGCAUUAUAGAGCAUCUGACUCCAGAAGAGAACAGUUUAGGAAGUACCUGGAGAAGGGUGGUGUUGUUGACGGACUCACUAAUGUGCUGGUGACGAUGUAUGAACAACCUGAAAAACCUGCCGACCCUCUGGAAUUUCUGAAAACCCACCUCGGAGUCGCCUUGGGUGAUGAAGAGCUGCAGCAGGAGGUUCAUGACCUUCGGCAGAGAUGCGAGUGUUUGGAGGCUGAAAACAAGAGACUCAAAACAAGGCUUCAGGAAUAUGAAGCACCACAAAAAGAUGGGACUCCAACGGAAUAGACAAAAAUCUGCCUUUAUUAUCAAUGUUUUGUUUCUUUAGAUAAAAAAAAAAACAUUUUUUCAAAUAUUUGAAUGUUUCAUGUUGGUAUAUGUUCCCACUUUAUUUUGUUCAAGAAAAGCUUCUCAUCAUUAUUAAAAUUAUUUAUGCACUAUACUGGAUUUUUUUCUUUUGUGAUUUAGUGUUUAACAUUUAAUUCAUUUUCUGAUCUCAAAAUUGACACAUAAGGGUCACACAAAUGACAAACAAAUGGCAUUAAAAGUUAUA